CGCCAAAAUUACUAAUACCUAUUGUUUAUCAUUGAAAUGUGAAUAUCUAAAUUCUAAUCUCCAAUUUCUGUAAAUUUUCAUUUUAACAAUUUGUCGUUGAAAAAUGAGUGACGCGGGACCGUCUUCUACAAGAACUAAGCGUCAAAAGGUAGACAAAACUGGAAGAUUGUCGGCGUUCGAGAAACUGAAACAAUUAAAAGGCAGCAAACACAAAUACGAAGUUGACAAAAUAGAAAAUGUUUAUGAGGAAGUGGAUGAGAAAGAAUAUUCCAAAACUGUAAUAAAUAGGCAAAAUGAUGAUUGGAUUAUCGAUGACGGGGAAAGUGGUUAUGUGGAGGAUGGCAGAGAAAUUUUCGAUGACGAUUUGGAUAAUGAAAGCAUACAGGAAGCAAGGAAACAGAAAAUUACUGGACCGAGGAAGAGCAAUAAGGACUCUAAGAAGAAAGGAACAAUUGAGAGCAUGAUAAUGAACAUGCCCUCUAAAAGGAAAGUGGACGUUGGAUUAGACGACGAUAAUAUUCUGGGGGAUUUGAUGUCCGAAUUGAAGAAGACCAAUAUAGUGAAGAAACCAGAGUUGAAUAGCGUUAGAAAUAAAUUUUCUCUCGCUUCUAGAUUAAACGAUAAUUCCAGAAAUACUGAAACAGAACAGAAUUUGCAGCUGAUUUCUGAACGCAAAACAGUGGAAACUGUCAACGAUGAGUUUGCGAUCAUUGACUGUCCAAAAAAGAACAUAAACGAGAGAACAGAAUCUCAAAUUAUUGCUACGGGCAGUAGCGAGAACAUUGUGGAUGACGAAGUUAGUUUGCCAACAAUAUCGAACAAAGACAGUGAAAAGAGCAGUAGUCAGAUAAUCGAUGAUGAAAGCGAGGAUCUCAGUCAGUUCGUUGGAGAUUUCUAUAACACAGAUUUUCAAGCAGAAAAUGUCAAUAACGUUAAAAAAUCAGUUAAAAACGAAAAGAAAGAAAGUAAACCAGUCGUUCGAGCAAGAAUUGAUAUCAAGAAGGAAACUAUGGACUCUGAGAGUUUGAAUGAGAUCUUGAACGCAGAAUUCGCCACGCAAGUUAAUUUAGAAGUGUUUACAGAGACGGAACUAGAUUUUCCAGUGACGGCUAACGUAAACCAAGAGGAAGUGUUUAGAUUUUACUGGUGGGAUGCUUACGAGGAUCCUUUCAAACAACCCGGAGUUGUGUAUUUGUUUGGGAAAGUCUUUGUACCGGCUGUGAAAGAAUAUUGUUCUUGUUGCUUGACGAUCAAGAAUGUGCCACGAAGAAUUUACCUUCUGCCUAGAGUACAUGUGAAAACAUCGUCCAAAGAAAGCAAAGAUGACCCAAAAUUAAACACAAUGGAGGAUGUGUACAAAGAAUUCAACGAGUUUGCAAAUAAGUCUAGAAUAAAGGAGUUUCGCUGCAGCACGGUUUCGAAACACUAUGCUUUCGAGCAGGAGGGUACUCCGGCAAUGUCGGAGUACUUGGAAGUUAGGUAUUCUGCUAACUACCCGGCAAUGCCAGCUGAUUAUUCCGGGCCUUCGAUAGAACGUGUUUUUGGGACAACUGUGAACCCAUUGGAACUGCUUCUGAUCGAAAGAAAUAUCAAAGGACCAUGUUGGUUAGAUGUUAAAUGCCCCCUGCCAACUGGAGUAAAAGUCACUUGGCCCAAAAUAAAGGUAAAUUGUAUGAAAAUGGAGAACAUUAGUGUUUCAACGGAGUCGCAAACGUUACCGCCAUUGGUGAUAAUGACGUUGAACAUAAGGACGUCUUUGAAUUCUAAAACACAACAGAACGAAGUGGUGAUGGUCGCUAUACUAGUGCAUCGAAACUAUCACGUCGACAAGGAGCCACCCAAACCGUCGUUUCAACAACACUUUUGCUUAAUCACCCACCCACGAGACACGCCGUGGCCGAAACAAGCCCAGGAAAUGCUGUCGAACAUUUCCUAUACAAAACUAAUGAAAUUUGAAACGGAAGUGGAGUUACUAGAAGAAUUGUUGAAGAUAGUGAACACGAAUGAUCCAGAUUUAUUUAUCGGAUACGAUUGCGGUUUCCAACUUGACAUACUAAUGCACAGAAUGUUCGCUUUAAAAGUAUCGAAUUGGAGCAGACUUGGAAGACUUAAGCGAACCGCGCCUCCAUUAUUUAAGGGCAGGAUAAAUUUCAACCAAGUUUUAGCCGGUCGUCCCAUCUGUGACAUACAGGUGUCAGCCAAAGAAUUGAACCUGAAAGUCAGAAGCUACGACCUCCAAUCGCUCUGCACAGCAGUAUUGAAAAAAAAGGAAAGCGAGUGCAAAGAAAUAAAACCUGGUGAAUGCGCGUUGUUUUAUAGUACAAUUCAGAAAAUAGAGCAUUUAAUUAAAAUAACGUUAACGGAAGCGUUGAAUAUUCUGUGCAUCGUUUUCGAACUGAAUGUUGUUCCACUGGCGUUGCAAAUUACGUGCAUUGCUGGGAAUGUGAUUUCGAGAACGUUAACAGCUGGACGAGCCGAAAGAAACGAAUAUUUACUGUUGCAUGCUUUCCACUUGAAAGAAUAUAUAACGCCGGAUAAACGAAUCACGAAAAAGGGAAAAGAUGCUGAGAAUAAAGAAAGUACCGGAAGAAAGAAGGCAGCUUAUGCUGGCGGAUUAGUUCUGGAACCGAGAAAAGGAUUCUAUGACAAACUUAUUUUAUUGAUGGACUUUAACUCCUUGUAUCCGAGCAUAAUUCAAGAGUACAAUUUAUGUUUCACCACCGUACCCGGUGCCGCUUAUGUCGAUAACGUAGAUUUAGCAAUACCGGAAUCGAAUUUGGAGCCUGGAAUAGUUCCAACAGAAAUUCGUAAAUUGGUCGAAAGCAGAGUGGAGGUGAAAAAGUUAAUGAAGACCCCGAACAUUUCGCCAGAAUUGAAAAUGCAAUACAAUAUCAGGCAAUUAGCUUUGAAACUGACAGCUAAUUCUAUGUAUGGCUGCUUGGGCGCGACUCAUUGCAGAUUUUAUGCCAAAGGGCUGGCUGCUCUGGUUACAGCAAAAGGUAGAGAAAUUUUACAACACACAAAGAAUCUAGUUGAAAAAUUGAACUAUGAGGUCAUAUAUGGAGACACAGACUCCAUAAUGAUAAAUACAAAUCUGUUAGAGUACGAGGAAGUCUUCUCCGUUGGAAAGAAGAUUAAACAGGAGGUCAACAAAUUGUACAAACGAGUUGAAUUAGAUAUUGACGGUGUCUUUCGUUAUUUACUCCUUCUGCAGAAGAAAAAGUACGCUGCUGUUACAAUGACUAAGUCACCUAAUGGCCAGAUAGAAUUAAUCCAAGAACACAAGGGUUUGGACAUAGUGAGAAGAGAUUGGUGUCAAUUGGCCUGCGACGUUGGAAAGAAAAUUUUAGAUCAGCUGCUUUCUGAUCAGUCGAACGAAAACAGAUUGGAACAGAUUUUCAAUAUAUUGCAAAAUGUUGCGAAAAGCGUUCGGGAAAAUCAAGUGUCCUUGUCUUCUCUGGUUAUCACUAAACAAUUAUCGAAAAACCCUAACGAUUAUCCUGAUGCUAAGCAAGCUCACGUUCAAGUGGCGUUGAGAUUAAACAAAGAUGGCGGUAGAAUGUGGAAAGCUGGAGACACUGUUCCAUACAUUAUAUGUAACGACGGAACACAAAAAUCUGCAACCGAACGAGCUUAUCACAUAGACGAGUAUAAGAAGAACGAUUCUUUGAAAAUAGAUGUCGAUUAUUAUUUAAUGAGUCAAAUUUUCCCUGUCAUUUUGAGAAUUUGCGAACCCAUCGAAGGAAUUGACGAUGUUUUGCUGGCUGAGAAUCUGGGAAUAGAAGUUGUAUACAAAUCGAAGAGACUAAUACAUACAGAAGAAAACAACGAAGUUCCAUUAUUAGUGAACGACGACAGGUUUAGGUAUUGUCUUCCCCUGAAAUUCAGUUGCGCGAACGAGAAUUGCCAGUCAGAAAUUAUUAUAAAAGAUAUAGUGGUCGAAACACCCAAUGGGAAUCAAUUAUCGCUCACUGCAUGUUCAAACCCAGAUUGUUUAACAAAACCAUGGGCAUAUGUAAAUGUUAUACAAAAUGCAUUGGUACUUGCUGUUCGAGAAGCAUUAAAUGAUUACUAUAGUGGUUGGCUGGAGUGUGAGAAUCCACUGUGUGGCGAAAGAACGCAAAUCCUUCCACUGGGUUUCCGCAAAAAGUAUCCAACAUGCCGGAAUUGCGGCGAUGCCGAUCUGCAUAGAGUUUUUUCAGAGACAAAACUCUACAAUCAGAUGUGUUUCUAUCUCCACAUUUUCGAUGCGAGUCAACCGAAAUGUAAAAAUUUAUUGUCGCAGAAUCCACAGGGCAUGAGAACAGCUUAUGAUUCUUUGAAAGAAGCAAUGGAGAAAAUACUAAGACGCAAUGCAUUUUCUAUUGUGUGCUUGGACGCCAUUUUCUCGAGCGUUAAUUCGCAACAUAAAUCGUCUGGUUCGAGACUAGACAUUAUGGAUGUAUCCGAUAGAUCGGAGGAUGAAAUGUGGAAUAAUGAUGAAAUAAUUUGAAAAUUUCAAACAUUCUCGGCGAGC